AUGCCGUCUCCUACCACCAACGGCCUGAAGUCCUCGUUCAGCCCGUACACCGACUCGCCCUCCUCGCCAGCUCCCUUCUCCCAGGUCUUCUCCAACAGGUCCUCGAAUGCCUCGGACCAUCUGCAGCCCCCGCCGAGUCCCUAUCCCUCCACUGUGGACCCCUCACCAGUCGACAGCAAUGGAACCAGCGGAACUGAGAUCGAGGAUGACGCGCAGGUGAACCAACCUAGCGAUGAUGAGGGAAGCGACAUCCACAUCAAGUCGCCUCUGGACGACAUCAUCAGCCCUGUGAGCUUCGAGAGCCAGGCCAAGCCUUCGCGACUAGACACCUCACUGCCUGUGCGGUUGCGCGCCGACUCGGACGAUGCACCGCAGUCGGUCAUUCAUGCGCCCACCAACUUCAAAACAUUUAAUCGGUCGAGCGUGUCUGUCCCAUCAUCGAAUGAGACGACCUCCGAUAACACUGCUGUGGUGUCUCCACAAACACCAGAAGCAAACAUGAUCCCCGACGAGAAGCAUUCGUCUACUUAUACACACCCAAUUGAUACUGCCGUUCCUUCCUCUGCCGCGCCAGACCGUUCCACGCCACGCGCCCAGACGCGUCAAGACUACGAAGAUGAUGGCAAACGACGCAGUGCCCGCGUCAGCGUUAGCCUUGCAGACAUUGCCGAAACGGAAGACAUCAGCAUAUCGGAGACAGCCUCGAGUUCCACAUUCGAGAACGACGAGAGCCCGGAUGGCGAUGUACAAAAGCCCGAAUCACCGCUCGCUACCAUGGCCGCAAGCGCAGGCACUCAAACCAUGGGCGAAGUUCUGCACGGCAUCAACGAAUCUGAAAAGGAAAUCGCAGCCCUCCGCAAUGCUUUGCACGAGUGCUGGACCCUGUGUAACACCCUGGCGAAGCUUAGCCAGACCCACCGCCAGAAAAUGUUUUACUAUUCCGGUUCCCACGGCCAAGUCCAAGAACACGCAUGGAGAACUUGUUGGCGCCUUUGCCAAAGGCUAUACGAGAGUCGAGACGAGGAUCCGACUACCCAAAUCAAGCCGACUCUGGAACUUUGCCGCGACUUCUGCCAGGCCCUGUUCGACGUGCGCCAACGCGGCGAUGAAGCUGCGGAUUCAGUGCUGAGAGUGAGCUUCGAACUUAAUAAUCACUUGUACAAUGCACACGACCGCAACUUGCCGGAGGCAUUUCAAGAGCGCACUUUGGAAUUUUAUCUGACCCUGUGUCAUCGAUUGAUGAAGCAAAGGACAUCGCUUCCCGAGGAGACCGAUGCACUACUACAUGCUUGCUGGUCUUUGGCCGAGAUGCUGUUCAGCAUCCGUCAGAACAGCCGCGACAACAAGCCAGCCGACGAAGAGAUUUUUGGAUCGGCGAUCCAAGCAUGCUGGGAGUUGUGUGACCUUUUCCGAGAAGGGUGGACACAGGUACGACCGGAACGUGGAACACCCCGCCCGUCGCAGUACACGUUCACUGCCGCCCCCGCUUCUGUCGCACACUCGCAAACUACCUAUUCCGAUACGUCUGGCCGAUCGUCAAGCCUCAACGAAUCUUACCACUCCGCCGUGUCGAUGGGAAAACAGCUCCUCAUGCACCCCGAAACACCUACCACGAUAUUCGACGAGCGAGAAGAAUUCUCACCUGCGGAAGAGCCUAACGUCCCGAACAUCCUGAUUCUCGGCCCAGAAGCAGGGCAAACGCGAACACAUGACCGUUGGUCGUCUUCGUCCUCGAAUCUCUCCACUUACUCGGACACUUCCCAAUCCAUUCACAGCUCCUCUACAGCCACAGCGGGUCGGGAAGACCCCAAUCUUAUUCGCCUCAAAGGUCUCAUCGUCAAAGCCGCAAUCAACACAGGAUACUCGCGGCAAAACCCCCUCCCUGACUUCGUUCGGUCCCUACCCUCAAACAGCUUCGGAUCCCUGCCUUGGCAAAGUGCUCUUUUCGAGCACUACAAGCACCUCGUUCUCACCGAUCCCACACUUCGCAACAUCCACACGCAGCCUCUUCGAAGGCUAACCGCAAUCGAGAUUGGCAGAGCGGUUCAGUGGAUGGCGCGAAGCAAGAGCUUCAGCUGGAUGUCCGAUCUCUACCGCUUUGUGUUCGGCGCUUUCCCAGAGGAUGCCGGGCAACGCAAUCUCAUCAUUAAUGCGUAA